GAAGACUGUGAUUCAAACUUUGUGCGUAGCUAAACUUCGAAGCUUACAUCUACAAUAACAUCGCUAGAUGAUGAUGGUUUCAAGUUCAUUAGUUUAGAGAUACGUGCUCCCUAUUGAUUUCUACGAGUUUCGUGGCAAGAUUCUUUGAUCGGAUCUCCUAGUUAAUUCGGUUUUUGAACCUGUUUUAAAAGGAAAACAGUGUUAGUUCUGCGACCUUUGAAAUUUGAACAUGCUUUACAAUGUCGCAAAAUAAUCUAACUGCAUAAUUUGAAUAAUCUUGUUAGAGGGAUGAAGUGCAUGAACAGGCACAUGACAGGGCAACCAUCUUCAUUUUUUCCUUCCAAACAUGAUGAUGUUGCUGAAGAACAGGGGUAUUUGAGAAUGCAAAGAAAUGGUGUUACGCUUGAACCUCUGAAUUUCCCUGCAACUCAAUCAAUAUUGUGGAACAGAACAGCUCAAGGAGACACUGAAACACUCCAUUUGACAACAAAACGGAAUGUGAGGUUGUAUAUCAAUGAGAAGACUUUGCGCUUGGCUCGCAGACAUGCCAAUCAAAGCAAGUCUUCAUUUGAGUGUUUCUUUGUUGGGAGCAUCUCCGUAGACUCGCGAGAGGACAGUAUUGAUGUUACAGUUGACAGAUUUGAUCCUGGCAGGGAGGUGCUGGUCAAUAAUGACACAGCAAAAGUCAAAAGGAAGGUACCCACAACUGUAGUACCUGGUGACUACAUUGUACCCAUAACACUGAUUCAAGGUCUGAGUGGAGCUGACAGUUCUGUGACAUACACAUUGGAGGAAUUUCAAAAGGCCUUUCAGGUUCUGUUUGGUAGGAUCAGCAGUCAGGAAACUAUGAAUCUAUCACACAUUGUGAACUUAAAGGUCUGCUGUCAUUCACACAGUGAUAAUGACGAUGAAAUAAUAAUCAAUGUCAACUGUGGUACCAUCACCAUGGCAACAAGAAUACAUGUCACCCCUGUAGCAGCAGUGCCUAUCAUUCCAACAGCACUCGCCAGGAACUUAUCAGGUCCCCUGAGACUUAGUGAGGUUCAAGGUGCUCCAAAAUGUGGGUACUUGACUAUGGACCACACAAGGAAAUUGCUGUUGUUGCUGGAAUCUGAUCCAAAGGCUAUUUCUUUGCCUCUCCUGGGAAUCUGGGUUAGUGGAAUUUACAACAUUCACCAUCCAUUUGUGUGGGCCUGCUGUCUACGUUUUGUCCAUUCAACUGUUAUUCAGCAGCGGGUGUUUGCACCUCCAAAUUCCUUUCUGCUACUUUUGUACUCACCUGUGAGUAGUACACCAGAGUUCUGGGAAUGCCGUCAAGAUCAGGAACAAUUUAAAGGAAAAACAUUUGAGUUCUACAGCUGUUAUGAAAACCUGCACUUGGAAAAAUCACUUGGUCCCAGUUCUUCUGAACCACUGUGCUUUGAGUUGUUGCCAGCCCCUGAAGGAAUGGGAAGGAGUAUUUUUGAAAAAGCUGUGGAUGUCUGGGAAAAGGAACAUAAACAAACAAGGUUGAAUCAAGAUGGAGUCAAUUCUCAUCAAAGCCAACUGAUGACUUUGUCAAGACAAGGACCCAACGAAGAAGAGCCAAGUCCAGUGCCCAGGCCCUCUCCAUCUCCUCAUCCUCAAAAGAUACAGGAGUUUGUGUUACCAGAAGUAACAGAGACUUCAUUGUCACUCAGCUUUGAUGAACAAGUUUCAGCAGAACACUCAGAAGAGGGGUAUACAAAUCAGCAGAUUCUUCCACAUCCAAAACAACAUGUACAGCAAACAAAACCUCAGAACCAGCCGAGAAAACAGCAGCAACAAGACCAAGAAAAUGAUCACGCAAACUUUCAAAAAGAGAGCUCUACAGGUUUUGUAAAAGGGAAGGAACGGUUAAACCAAGUUAGGAAAGGUAGAGCUCCGCCGAAUUCACCAUCAAGGGAGCCUCUCAAACAAAUUUUACCUCCAAAUCAAACUCACACCAGGGUGAAGAGUCAAAAACAGACUCAUUUACCUCAAAAAUCUCACCAAGUGCAAAGAACUGUUGAAGUUCCUAAUCGGAGAAGAGCUAGCCCUGGUCACACUGUGCAAGGGAGAUCACAAGCGACUGUUUCAGGUNCACAUUCGACAGACAGGGAGGAUACAAGAGAAGAUGAAAGCAAAGGAAGAAAACCCAAUCAUGUCAACAUGUUACAAAGAAAUGAACGUCAGUUCUAUGACAACUUGCUGGACCAAGUCAAAACUAUUCUUGAUCACCAAGUUCAAGAAAACCGUUCUUUGCAAGAAUCUUCCCAGAAAUCUGAUCCAUCCGAACCUGCCAAACCCCAUUAUGCAACAAGAGAAGAAGUUGUUAUGGCAACAAUGAAAGAGUUAGAAAAGAUGAAAGCUACAGCUAUAGAAACUGGAGAAGAAACUGCAAAGACACCUGUCAGCACUCUCAUUAGGCAAUGGCCACUUCAAAGAUCGGCAUCUUUGAGCUUUAUCCCAGAUCAUCCCCGCAUCAAUUACCUGUCACUCACCACGGACGAUACUCUAGAUGAAGUGUUCAAUGAAGCAGAUCUCAAAUACCUCAACGACAAUCAGCUAGAACAUAGCACAAUUAUUGUCUAA